ACAGUAUACUGUCAAAAUGCGCUAAUGCUUUUGGUUCUGACCAUUUCGAAUUAUUUGGUCUAUUUAGAUUUUAGGAAAUACAUUACGAGUCGUGAGAAGACUUGUAUGUGAAGGAUAUAUUGGAUCUAGUUCUUAGGUACAAUUCGUAAAAAUGGGGCGCCGAUCAAUAAAUACCACGAAAAGUGGUAAAUACAUGAAUCCAACGGAUCAAGCGAGGAAAGAGGCCAGAAAGAAGGAGUUGAAGAAGAACAAGCGGCAAAGGCAAAUGGUUAGAGCAGCCGUGUUGAAAAUGAAGGAUCCGACUCAGAUAUUAGAAGAACUACAGAAAAUUGAUGAAAUGGAAUACAAUGUUUUACAACCAUCACCAUUAAAUGAAAAAGUACUUAAAGAGAAGAGAAAAAAGUUGAGAGAAACAUUUGAUAGAGUGCUCAAGAUGUAUGACAAAGAUGAUCCGGAAAAAUGGGUUGAGCUGAAGCGGCAAGAAAUGGAAUAUGAGAAAAGGAGAGCUCAUCUAAUUUCAUACUACGAGUCUGUGAAAUUGGCUCAAUCUGUGCAAGUAGAUGAUAUCCCUUUACCUACAUUACAAAUGCCUGAGAACUAUGUCUAUGGAAAUAUGGCAUCCCAAAUUCCAAUGCCAAUGGAUAUAGCACCACCUAGCGCGCCAAUGAAACCCAUUCUCAAAAAGGACUCUGUCUACAAAGAAAGGCCAGCGGGCGCAGAGGCCCCCGGCGUGCCGCCCGGACCUCCGCCGGACUUCGCGCUGCUGCUGCUAGAGGCCGUGCAAGAGGUGAAGGAGGCGGGCAAGGAGAAGAAGAGUCUGCGGUUCUCGGACUUGCCUGAUGAAGGCCCGCCUGGAGAGAAAUGUAUCCCCAUGCCGACAAGCCUCCCCCAAGCUUCAGAGGACUUCGACGGCGAACCGGAACACAUGGACCACGACAUGGAACAUAUGGAAGAGGACACGGAGCUGGCGAACAAAGCCACCCCCAAACCGACGUCGCUGCAGCAGAGAAUGUUGGCGCUGUCCGGGCAGAAUAUAGAUGACUUUAUGAAGGAAAUGGAGGAGGUGCAUAGAAAGAGAGAAAGAGAUAGAGCGGCGGACUUGAAUGCCAGAUUGACAGCACUGAAGCGUUCGGGUGGCCAUCGCGAUAGCGACUCCGAUAGCGAUAAUGAAACGCCAAUGCCUCCACCAGCUAUGGCAGCUAUGCCUCCGGAGUUUAUCCUAGAACCCCCCGGCGUCGAGAUGAGACAGAUGCCGCCUCCGUUGAUUCCCCCAGGCCUCCGGCCGCCGCCCCUCCUCGUGCCGCUCGGGCCGCCUCCGCUGCGCCUGCCGUCGCGCGCGCCGCCCGGGCCGCCGCCGGGCCCGCCGACCGGCCUCCCGCCGGGCCCCCCGGCCGGCCUCCCGCCGGGCCCCCCGGCCGGCCUCCCCCCGGGCCCGCCGGCCGGCCUCCCGCGCAUGCUGCGCCCGCCCGGCCCGCCGCCCGGCGCGCCGCCGCGCCUGCUGCGCCCGCUCGUGCCGCCGCCUCCGCCUAAGCAGAUGCCCCCCUCCGUGCUCAUGGCCGCGCCCAUCAUACACAAGAAGGACGGGCCUCAAGGAGCCACAAUCACUGCCAAACCCCAAAUCCGCAAUCUCUCGGCGGACGUAACUCGCUUCGUACCCUCCGCUCUCCGCGUCAAACGAGAGGACAAGAAAGCCAACACGAAACUCAAGCCGGCGAUCCAGCGGCCCGAGAGCGUGCCCAAGCAGGCCCCGAGCAAGGACGACGCUUACAUGCAGUUCAUGAAGGAAAUGGAGGGCUUGUUGUAGAUGAAUGGGGAAGUGGAACUAUUUUAUGUCACGAAGUCGAGCCCAUGAUUGAGUUAUACCAAACAUUCAUUGAUUGUUUAUGAUGAGUAGUCUAAGUAAUCGUGCGUAGAAUUUGAGAGUUAAAGAUGUCGCUGUACGGCAACAUACAGUCAGGCGCAAUUUUUUCUUAGACUAUACAAUCAAUGAAACUAUUUACAUACCAUCGCCGACACAAUGAGCUGAUCAUUCGUAAGUAUUAAUUGCAACGAGAUUAGAAAUUUUAUAACCUCGAAAGUAGCGGUAUCUUUUUUCCUCCAAAAUUAAAUCUGUGUUACUAUGCACUGAAUUAUAGUGUCGUUUACAUAUUAUUGCACCGCAAUAUUAGAUAUCAUAGGAACCCUAUCAUUUCGGAAGAAAAAGUUAAUUCCCACUACUUUUGAGGUUAGAAAUUUUCUAAUUAAAAAAAAAUACGGAUCUCCCACCACCGCCACCUAGGGAAUGCAAUCUCGAUCUCGCAAUUUCGAGAUCUCGCGAGAUCUCGCACGAAUUUUCGAGAUUCAAUCUCGUUGACAGGAAAUCUCGAUUAUUGCAAUAUUGGUCGAGAUCUCGAUUAAUGUUUUUGAGAUCUCGAACAAGAUUGGAAGAUUGAUCCGUGUGAAUUACUUUGUUUUGUGUAAUCUUUGACCUUGAUGACCUUAGCGACCGACUUUAGCUGACAAUAAAAGUAAUGUGGCGCGUGCGGAAGCAGUGUGCGGAAGAAUCAGGGGAACUUAGCGUAUCCAUAAUUAUUUGUAUCAUUUUUGCUCGCUUACUCUACAUUUGUUUGUAAGUUACUCAGUGCUUGCCAAAAAUAUCAACUUAGCAUGUUAGUGCCUAAUAUUGUUGUUACGCGGUUUCUUAAGUGAAGUUAGUCUUAACUAGGGGUUUAAAAUGGCACAUGCAAAGUAGCGCUAAGUAAAUUUUUAUUUAUAAAGGUUGGUUUGUUGUUAAAUGUUUAAAUAAUUUGUUGUUUUUAUUUUCAAAAUAUAACAUGACUAGUAGAAUAGUACAUACGGAAUUCUUAGAGAUUUUAAAAUAACACAUUUUUAAUUACUUUGUCAAAUCUCGAUCUCGAAUGUCUGACGGUCGAGAUCUCGAAACACCCAAUCUCGUUUCAGAUAUUUCGUGCGAGAUCUCGAAUCGCCAAUCUUGGUGCGAGAUUGCAUUCCCUACCGCCAUCUGCCGGAGACUGCAUCUUGUCUCGCUGUGUUAUCGUGAGAUAAAAUAUCUAUAAAUAAAUACAGUGUCUGUAUUAAAUUAAGUAUCAUGAAAUACAAUUAUUGUUAAGUA